CAGAAAGAGAUUUUAUUUUUCUAGUUUUUCAAUAUUGACAGGAGUUGGUGAAAGUUCCAUAGCUUGUUAACACAGACGCACAGACAGGUAGAGACACGGGGAGGACAGGUAGACAGGUAGACAAACACGCGGGUAGAAAGUCUUAAUCAUAUUACACACACACACACACACACACACAUAUAUAUAUAUACAUGUAUGUAUACAUAUAUAUACAUAUAAUAUAUAUACAUAUAAUAUAUACAAACAGACAGGUGAACAGAACUAUAAAGAAAAACUAAGAAAAUGUUAAGACAAUCAUGAAAUAAAGACAAUAAGAAAACAGAAAAACAAGCAGAAAGACUUCACAAAUAUUUUUCGAAGGGAAAAACAGUUAAAAAAAACAACAAAUUUAAUUUGAGAAAGAAACUGAGAUCGAAACUGCGUCUCCAGUGUGACAGACAGCUGACUGAGAGAUAAAAGAAUAGAGAGAGAAAGAGAAGAGAAAGAAGUAGUUUAAUACAGGAGGCGUCGUCUAAUCAUAUUGAAAUACUCAGGAAUGGUUUGUUAAAACUCAACUUCUUUGAAGCAAACGGCAGAGAAGGGAGAAAUCAAGAAGAUAGCCGGUGACAUAUUAAUCGGAGCUAGUCUCUCGAGAGGAUUGUAUUUUUAUAUAUACAAAUAUAUUUUUAAUUCAAAAAUUAAUAAAGUAAUAUGGAUUCCAGUGAAUUUCGAAAGAGAGGCAAAGAAAUGGUUGACUAUAUCGCAGACUAUAUGGAAACCCUCAGUGUACGCAAAGUAACAGCACAAGUUGAACCCGGUUAUUUACGUCGGCUACUUCCCAACAAAGCUCCUUACAGAGGAGAAACAUGGGAAGCCAUUAUGAAGGAUGUGGACAAUGCAAUUCUACCUGGUAUCACGCAUUGGCAACAUCCGAACUUCCACGCUUACUUUCCCUCAGGUAAUUCCUACCCGUCUAUUAUCGGAGACAUGUUAUCAGAUGCCAUUGGUUGUGUUGGAUUUUCUUGGGCAGCCAGCCCUGCAUGUACAGAGCUAGAAACUAUCGUAUUGGACUGGGUUGGUAAAAUGAUUGGUUUACCGAAAGAUUUCUUACAUGAAGGUGGCAAAGGCGGUGGUGUCAUACAGGGUUCUGCCAGUGAAUGUGUUCUGGUUACAAUGCUGACAGCUAGACAUUCAACCUUGAAGAAACUAAAAGGGUCUUUCCCAUUCGUUGAAGAUGGAACUCUCCUCACUAAACUGGUCGGAUAUUCGUCAAAACUUGCUCAUUCAUGUGUUGAGAAGGCAGGGAUAAUCAGUUUAAUCAAACUAAGAGAGCUUGAGGUGGAUGAUAAUUACUCUCUUCGAGGCCAUACACUGGAAGCAGCCAUCGAGGAAGACCGAAAACUAGGUUUAAUACCAUUCUUCGUAUGUGCCACUCUCGGUACAACAGCAGUGUGCUCCUUUGAUGCACUUAAUGAAAUUGCAGAAGUAUGCAACAGAGAACGACUAUGGCUUCAUGUGGAUGGUGCAUAUGCAGGUAAUGCCAUGAUAUGUCCUGAGUUCCAGCAUUUACUUUCUGGCAUUGAGUUUGCUCACUCUAUCAAUUUUAACCCGAACAAAUGGAUGUUGGUCAACUUUGACUGCUCCCUCUUGUGGGUGAAAGACAGCCAGCUGUUGUCAGAGGCCUUGACUGUUGACCCACUCUAUCUACAACAUCCACACGGAGAUAAAGCCAUUGAUUUCAGGCAUUGGGGAAUUCCGUUGAGUCGAAGAUUCCGGUCAUUGAAAUUAUGGUUUGUUCUGAGAACAUACGGUAUUGAAGGAUUACAGCAUUAUAUUCGAGAACAUGUCAGACUUGCCAAAUUAUUUGAAUCCAAAGUGUUGGAAGAAGACAGAUUUGAAGUAUUGGGAGAAGUGAUUAUGGGACUUGUCUGUUUUCGAUUGAAGGGUCCGAAUACUUUAACCCAGAAACUCCUCCGACAAAUCAACGAGUCCGGACGUCUUCACAUGGUCCCUGCCCUGUUGAACGAACAUUACAUCAUUCGAUUUGCCAUCUGUGCACAAAAUGCAGACGACAGUGACAUCAUCUAUGCAUGGCAGACGAUCUCAAAAAUCGCUGACGAGUUGUUGGCCAGUCGAGAACGAGAAUCAAGCGUGCGUGAAUCAAGGCGAAUUGCUUUGUCCGACACAAGCGAAGAAGGGGAAUCGGCCGAAGAAGAAGAAGUGUUUCUCGAAUUUGAUAAAGAGAACAUCUACGACAAUCAACAACUCAACUUCCAGAGGGCUCGCAUGCGUCGCAACCUUUUCCUACGCAUGGUAUCUGACCCUAAAUCAUAUAGCCCUCACAUGAUGAAGUCUUAUAGCAUUGAUGAUUCGUCCAGUCGUCUUCCGAGUGAUACACCUAGCGAAACUGGUUCCACUAACAGCACCAAACGCUCGCCGAAAACGCCACAACAGGCCACUCCUUUAUAAUCCAAUCUAUUUUAAGAUUUUAGAAUUUAUGGGGUGAUGAAUGGGACCUUUGAAGGUAUCGGAUACCCUGUUUUAGCCGGUUUCUUUUCCUGGUGACUGUUUUUGGUGUUAAUUUGUAUGUUGUUUGAUUGGUUGUUUGCUUGCUUGAUCAAACUAGUUUGUUUUUGUCGUAUAUGAUGGUCAACUUGUGUUGAACGUUAUAGAGAAGAUGAAUACUUGUUUCAUGAUUUACACACACACACACACACACACACACACACACACACACACACAUAAAUACAUACACACACAAAUAUAUACACUCACGCAAACACAAUUAUUUAUAUCAAUUAUAUAUAUAUACACGCAAAUAGUUAUUAGGUAGAAAAGAGAGCUCAGAUGGCCAAAUCGAUAAGGUAUCUGUUAACAGCCAAAGUGACACAAACGCUUGAUUAUAUAUCUUAAUCUUUUUUUAAGUAAGUUAUCGUUAAAAUAACUUAUAACUUAUUGAUCUGUCAACCUAAUCUCGUGUUUCUUUGUUCAAUUAUUCAUUUCUACUUGUUCAUAGCCAUUGUAUUUAGAUAUCCUAUGCAAAUCCUUACUUCUGACCCAAAAGUUUGAAUGUUCUUACACAAUGCCUUAGUCACGUGACAUAAUUAUUUCUGAAAUUUGUUGAAAUAUGAACAGUAACUGCCUAAGUGGGAUGUGACUUAGUUAUAAGCGUUAGAAAUACGUUUUCUGUGUUCGAACCCAGAUUGCAUGUGUUUAUAGAGCACAAAAAGUGAUCGUCGAGUGGAGCGAUGAUGAAGGAGUAUGAGAUGAAAGCUGUGUGGAAGAUGAGGGUUUAUGUGCUGCCCCUCAAAAUAAGGGUAGAGGAACAUUGCAAAGCUGUAACACGGGGAGCUAUUGAUAAAUCGGGUAUAGCUGAUCAUGUAUGGAAAAAUGGAGACCAUCUCCCCCUCUGGGAUGAAGUUAAAAUAAUAGACAGAGAACACCACUGGAAAAUACGAAAACUAAAAGAAGCAGCACAUAUGCUAGGACACAACAACCUCCUAAGCAGACCGAGUGCAAAUAUGAAUAGUAUAUGGGAGCCGGUAUUAAGGAAGGAUAGGAAAAUAUUAGAUUUAUAAGCUCUAAAAUUCACUCUAUAAUUGCCCACGGGCAUAUAGCGUAGUGGUUAAGAGCGCGAGCUGCUGCCCCUAAGAUCUUGAGUUCGAUUCCAGGUAGUGGUCGGACACAACAACAUAACCCAACUAUUUAGAAUAACAAUCAGGAACAUUAUUUACAUUUGGCAGAUAUUUGUCCUCAUCUUGUUUGUUGUUAACACAACGUUUCGGCUGAUAUACCCUCCAGCCUUCAUCAGGUGUCUGGGGAAAUUUCAAACGUGGGUUCUCAUUCCUAAGGUAUUUUUCGAUGUUAUUAUUAUUAUUAUUAUUCAGGUCACUGCCUGGAAUCGAACUCGGAAUCUUGGAGUUAGUAGCCCGCGCUCUUAACCACUAAGCUAUAUGCCCGCGGGCAUAGUGGUUAAGAGCGUGAGAUUCCAGGCAGUGACCUGAAUAAUAAUAACAACAACAAUAAUAAUAAUAAUAAUAACAACAACAACAACAACAACAAU